CCUCAUUAGAUUCACUCCUCCCUCCUGAAUACUGCAAAAUAAAACAGUCUAACCAGAAUAUUAGGCUGAUUGGAGUAUUACUAUAUGAAGAGCAAGCAUGAAACCUCAGUGUACACUACUUCUGGUCCUGCUGGUCAUCUUAGCACUGCACUCUAAAGGAAAUGAAGCUGUGUCAUUCCCUUGGAGCUGUGCUGCCCUCAGUGGAGUUUGCAGACAAGGUGCAUGUCUGCCUUCAGAACUCUACUUCGGACCAUUAGGCUGUGGGAAGGGAUCUUUAUGCUGCGUGUCAUAUUUCCUUUGACUGCUGAAAAUUAAAUUAGAAUGGGGUGGUACCUGAAGUGCUGCUCAUCAUGUGAAUUUAAUAACAACCAAUCCUGGAAUAAACAAGCUUUUAAAAGGAACCAAAUGUGUGUGUGAAUGCAUAUUAUCAUUUGCAGCAGCUACUAUUAAUGUUAUAUGGUAUUAUUGAUUUAUUAAUAGGUCAUGCUUCAUACAUUCCAAAUUAAGUCUGAGUAACAUUCCAGUAUUCAAAAACCAUGUCAUUUUCAUUGUGU